UAUUUAUUACACGACACAUCUCACAACUUGGAAUCACAGACACCCACAAUCCCACUCUCAAGUUUCACAUGUCUCGUCCUCUUGUCUUCUUCUUCUUCUUCCUCUUUCUUGUCUUGGUCGUCCCUUGUCUCUCCCAUGGAGGUGGAGGAGACCAUGACGACGAUGAGGCUCCACCCGCCAAGAGUACCGAUCUCAAGUCAAAAUCCUUAAUCACAGUCAAAAUCGCAUGUCUUGUCAUCAUCUUUGUGCUCACGUUCAUCAGCGGCGUGUCUCCCUACUUCUUGAAAUGGAGCCAAGCGUUUUUGGUCCUGGGAACACAGUUCGCGGGAGGAGUGUUUCUCGCGACGGCCCUGAUGCAUUUCUUGUCAGAUGCAGACGAGACGUUUACGGAUUUGCUGACGGCGGAAGGAGAGUCGGAGCCGUCUCCGGCUUACCCAUUCGCUUAUAUGUUGGCUUGUGCUGGUUAUAUGCUGACCAUGCUCGCUGAUUCCGUCAUCGCUCAUGUCUACUCCAAGACCCCAUCCAAAGACGUGGAGCUUCAAGGAGAAGAGAAACCGAAUCAAGGUUCAGGGAUAGGAGAUAGCAUUCUACUGAUCGUAGCUCUCUGUUUCCACUCUGUUUUCGAAGGCAUAGCCAUUGGGAUCUCAGAGACUAAAGCAGAUGCGUGGAGAGCUCUAUGGACAAUAACACUCCACAAGGUAUUCGCAGCGAUUGCCAUGGGAAUAGCUCUUCUCCGUAUGAUCCCUGACCGUCCUCUCUUCUCCUCCAUCAUGUAUUCUUUCGCAUUCGCCAUCUCGAGCCCGAUAGGUGUUGCGAUCGGGAUAGUGAUCGACGCAACGACGCAAGGGAGGGUGGCGGAUUGGAUAUUCGCAGUGUCUAUGAGCUUGGCGUGUGGGGUGUUCGUGUACGUGUCAGUGAAUCAUUUGCUGGCGAAAGGGUAUCUUCCCAACAAAAAGGUUAAUGUGGAUGAGCCUAGGUUUAAGUUUUUGGCUGUUUUGUCUGGAGUUGUUGUCAUCGCCAUUGUUAUGAUAUGGGACACUUGAAGUGUACUAAAAAAUACUACAGAUUUUAGAAUUAUAAAAUUGGGUUUUAAAAAGUUUGUGAGAAAACAAAAGGUUAUUUGAUACUAUACAGUACGUUGAUUUUGGAUGUUUA